AUGGAGAUUCCCAAGUUCCGCCGCAAGCCCAAGGCGCCCACCAUAGCCACCGAUCCCAAGACCCUCACCGUCCCCGACGCCGCCGAACCCUCCCCGACGAGCAACACCAUCCCCCUCGCCGUCUCGGCGACGACACCCGGCAAGCAGGGCAGCUUUCGCAAGAGCGCCCUGCGACACCUUCGCUCCUCAGCCAAGCGCGCCCGAUCCCCAGCGCCGCCGCCGCCGCCGCCGCCAGCCUCGUCCUCGCCCCCUCCGACCUUGGCUUCGACCCGUGAUGGCCUCGCUGACGCCAUGCCUGCGUCACCUGUCUCCCUGCGGCACCGCGACGGACUGCUGGCCGACUCGCCCGAGAGGAACAAGCUGAAGAUGCCCUCGUUCCUCGACUUGUCACAAGAAGGGAUCCACUCGAAAUUCCAGGACCUCACUUGGACCGAACGCAACCGCCUGCACAAUGCCAUGGCCCAGGAGGCCGCCACGAAUCCCGACUCGACCUACCGAUAUGCCGUCCAUAAGCAGGUCGACAUGCGCCGCGGCGUCAUGGACCGCUACUGCAACAUCAAGCCCUACAACCGCAACCGCGUCCGCCUGCGCGUCCCCGAGGGCACGCUCGACUACGUCAACGCCUCGGCCGUCGUCCUGCCCUCCCCACGCAGAAGCCUGGCGUCGCCUGCCCCGGCCCCGGCCCCGGCCCCGCUGCGCUACAUUGCCAUGCAGGGGCCCGUCGAGAACUCGGUCGACUCUGUCUGGCGCAUGAUCGCCGAGCAGUUCGACUCGCCCGUCGUCAUUGUCCAGCUGACGACCAUGUUCGAGAACGGCACCAUCAAGUGCUACCCGUAUUUCCCCAUGUCCGCCGAGGACGAGCCCUGGAUUCUCAACGAGGACGACGGCUGGGAGGACGGCUGGGGCGCCGAGCUGCGCUUCGACUCGAUGGAGACGCUCGAGGACGGCGCCAUUGAGCUGCGCAAGCUCAUCCUGCGCGUCGCGCCCCCGCCGCCCUCUGCCGCCCCCGGUACCGACGCCGACGCCGACGACGCCGACAUUGAAGUGACGCAGACGGCCUCGCCGGCGCCCGAGCCCACGGAGCAGGUCAUCUGGCACUUUCUCUACACGCGCUGGCCGGACUUUGGCGCCCCCGCCCUCGAGGAUCUCGGCAGCUUCCUGACCCUCAUGCGCCUCUCGCGCGACUACAACACCGGCAGCAGCACUGUGAGCCUCUCGGACGCAGACUCGACGCUCGCAGCCCCAGCAGCGACUUCCGCCGGCCCGCCUCCGCGCAUCAUCCACUGCAGCGCCGGCGUGGGUCGCACGGGCACCUUCAUCACGCUCGAGCACCUCAUGCGCGAGCUCGACGCCGGCCUCCUCGAAGCCUACCCGGCCGCGGGGCCAGACCUCAUCCACGCGACGGUCGAGGCCCUCCGCGAGCAGCGGCCCAGCAUGGUCCAGGCGCCGCCGCAGUUCCUCUUCCUCUACAGCGUGCUGCGGCGCAUGUGGCUCGAGCGGUACGCGCCGGCGCUCGCGGCGGCCGAGGGGGGUGCCGGCGCCAGCACAACGUCGAGAGACUCGACCGACGGCACGGCGUCGACGGCGGGCGACGGCGAGCCGGCGGCUAAGAGGCUGGAGAUGGGCGAUCCGUUUGUCGAUUGA